AGCUGACUUCAUUUAAAUUGUUGCUUAACUUCAGUUAAUGACACACGUUCUAACAAUAAUGAAGAACAUAUUAUCAAUUUUUCUAUUGAUGUGUAUCACACUGCUAGUACAUGCUCAAAAAGAACUGGAGGUCAAAAAGGAAAGUGAAUAUUUCUCUGAACCAGGAAAAUCGAUAAAUUCACGUUGCCAUCAAGAAAAUGAAUACUAUAUAGUACAGCCUUCAAUAUUUGGGGAUGUGUGCGACUAUUACAAAUGUGUAAAUACAUAUUAUGAGAAAUUUAGAUGUCCUCCUGGAAGAGGUGUUGGAAAAGAUUAUUUGGAUUACGGAAAAGAGGGUAUUGCCCAUAGUCUAUUUCCCUGUAGCCUAAACACAGAAGCAUGUGCUUUAGGAAACCCUGUACCUCGACCAGAUUUCAAAUUUUGUGGCUUUGAUCUGAUCUGGGUGGUAGACAUGAGUUGCUCCAUUGCGGAUGAGAGCAAAGCAAAGGUGGUUGACUUCAUAUACAAUGUUAUUAAAAAGUUUCAUAUUGGUCCAAUGCAUGUUCUAACUGGUGGUCUCUCUUAUGGGUCAAAGAUACAUGACAUACAGACUCUUAAAGAAGGCAGAAAUAAACCAAUUACACUAAAAAACUUUAAGAACAUGGUUCAAGAUGAUGGCAGUUGUAAAACAGUGACAUAUAAAGCACUCAAACAAGUUCAUGAUCACUACUUCAAGAAAGAAAAUGGAGAUCGACCAGAUUACCAAAAUAUUAUGAUAUUUAUCAGUGACGGCAUAACAUAUGAAGGGAGGCUUGCUGACAACGAAGCUUUAUCUCAAGAAGCAAUUGGUUAUGGAGCGGAUAUAAAGAAAUCGGGAACAAUAAAUUUUGUACUGGGGAUGCCAAACAAAAGGAAGGAUGAUUAUGUUGGUAUGAAAGAAUGGGGAGGGAUAGCUAGCUCGAAUGGCAAUGUAACACACAUAUAUCUAAUGGAAUCAUUUGAUGAGCUUGCGGAAAAGGUGCAAUACAUGGCAGAAAAUAUCUGCUUACAAUCUACAUUGUAUUAA